CCCCCUGUUGCCUCGUCUUUUGUCAUCCCCCGGUAAACAAACAUGCUUCACGUCUUUAGUUCCACAACACGCACGGUUGAGGCUGAGUGGAAACUUUUCUUGUCGACAUGAGUGUGGACAACUCGACUGAAGAUGUUUGUGUCACUUUACGCAACUUGCUGAACACCAUCCAGUGCGUCACAGCCCGGGUCAGAGAUGGAGAGUCCAAUGAGUCUGAUGGAGACUUCAACCUUUCUACCUUUUGGGACACUUUGAACCAGGCGGGGAAAGUUGUGUCUCAGGAAGCCACCAAAGUCAGCCUCGCCUUCUCCAAGCCGCCGCUGCCGUCACCGCAGGAUGGAGGGACCCUGGCUGAGUCCAUCCUUAAGAGUGUUCUGAGCCUUUCAACAGUUUAUUACUGGCUUCCUAAGAGUCAAGGCAUCAAUCUGCGGCAGCAAGUCCGAGAAGCUACCGUCGAGGUCCUAGAGGGGAUCGCACAGCUGCUGGAGGUCAUCCUGACUUCACCGCUACAAAGUCUUACCCAGGAGCAGUUGACGUCUACCGGAAGUGUGUGGUCAGCUUGUGAUCACUUUGCCCAAUUGCCUCAAGACAAUAAGGCAGCGGCACUGGUGGUCCUCUCCAGUCAGACUGGAGUUGUCAAAGACGCCAUUGAGGAGGUGGAACAGGCGCUGUCCGAGGCACACGACCCGUUCAGCGACGUCCUCGAUGAUGAGGAGGAGGAGCCUCGUGGUAACCAAGACACCUAUUGGUCGGAAAAGGACCGGCGUGUGAUUGCCGCGUGCCAGGGGAUGAUGAAAGUGUCGGCGGCGUGCCUAAGAAAGCUGACGUCAGCUGUUAAGGCAAACGGGGACGCCGGCACGCCCCAGAAGGUGGCACAGCUUGACGACCUGGCGGAUAUUGUUAAGCAGAUCAGCCCUGAAGUUGACGACCUGGCUCUCUGUCUUUACCCCCCUAUGGACUACAAUGGUGUGGAGAACAAUUUGUCUAAACUGGCUGCACUGAUGAAGAACCUUCUGGCAAUCAUCAGGUCAAGUCAUGUCUGCGGUGAAUCUGAGCUGACGUGGGUUCACUUUUUAGAUGGUGCUGUCGAUCACAACCUGCAAAAAGCCAAAGAUCUCAUUCAGCUGGACAGCUAGUGUGUGUGUGUGUGUGUGUGUGUGUGUGUGUGUGUGUGUGUGUGUGUGUGUGUGUGUGUGUGUGUGUGUGUGUGUGUGUGUGUGUGUGUGUGUGUGUGUGUGUGUGUGUGUGUGUGUGUGUGUGUGUGUGUGU